GUGGACAGCAAGCACAACUUCUUCCAUGACAGGAGGAAAGAGGCGAAAGGGGAAGGACAGGUAUGUGGACGACCCGGAGGAGGAGGAGACACUGCUCGGAGAGGAGGAACGAGGGAGGAGAAGUGAGGACGCGGACGGGACGUCUAUGCACUCGCAUUCAUCACAGCGAACUUCCAUUCUGCGCAAGUCAAAUAGUAAAGACAAGUCGCGAACGGUGCCCUUGAGACCACCAGAGAAACUGCAGAGCCGAUAUCCUUCGAACAUCGUCCGCAACCAAAAGUAUAAUGCUUUCACCUUCCUGCCCAUGGUAUUCUACGAGCAGUUCAAGUUCUUCUUCAACCUAUACUUCCUGCUGGUAGCCCUCUCGCAGUUCAUCCCAGCUCUGAAGAUCGGGUUCAUUGCUACAUAUGUCGCCCCGCUCGCUUUCGUACUGUGCGUGACCAUGGGCAAAGAGGCAUACGACGACUACCAGCGCUAUCUGCGAGACCGCGAAGCAAACUCAGCGCGCUACCUCACCCUAGACGCGACGGAACCCAUCGACAGCGGCCCGCACACUCGCUCGGUGCCCUCGUCGUCCCUGCGCGUCGGGGAUCUCGUGCUGCUCGAGAAGAACCAGCGGGUGCCUGCGGACCUCGUGCUCUUGCGGACAUCGGAUAGCUCUGGGACGUGUUUCAUUCGCACGGAUCAGCUGGAUGGUGAGACGGAUUGGAAGUUGCGUGUUGCGGUGCCCGCGUGCCAGAAGCUGCCGUCCGACAAGGAUCUGCUAGGUCUGGAUGCUGAGAUAUACGCUGAUGCCCCAAUCAAGGACAUCCAUACCUUCAUUGGUACAUUCACUAUCAACUCACCGCCGGUAUCUGCGGAUACUGGUGACGUACCUAUGGUUCCUGUGCCUACAGUAGAACCUCUGACGGCUGAGAAUAUGCUCUGGGCCAACACGGUUCUGGCAGCAGGGUCUGCCGUAGGCUUAGUCAUUUACACCGGUCCAGAGACGCGUGCAGUGAUGAAUACCAGUCAUCCGCAGACGAAAGUGGGUUUGCUGGACCUCGAAAUCAACAGACUUGCGAAAAUUCUUUGUGCAGUCACAUUCGCGCUGUCGUUGACCCUUGUCGCUCUCAACGGUUUUCGCGGUCUAUGGUAUAUCUACGUGUUCAGGUUCUUGAUCCUGUUUUCUUCCAUCAUCCCCAUCAGUCUUCGCGUCAAUCUUGACAUGGGCAAGACUGUAUACGCCCACCAGAUCGAACACGAUAGCGAAAUUCCAAAUACCAUCGUGCGAACGAGCACGCUACCAGAGGAAUUAGGACGGAUAGAAUACCUUCUCAGCGACAAGACAGGCACCCUGACUCAGAACGAGAUGGAGAUGAAGAAAUUACAUAUGGGCACGAUGUCGUACGGCUCAGACUCCAUGGACGAAGUGGGCCAUCAACUAUCUAUCGCAUUUGGCACGACCGGCGAUCAAGCACACAAGAGGCAAGGUUCAAUGAUGACCGGAGUGCAGCUAGCUACGAGAGGCCGGAGGGACAUGUCUUCCCGAGUCAAGGACGUUGUGCUAAGCCUUGCUCUAUGCCACAACGUUACGCCUGUGACGAACGACGACGGAACUAUCACGUAUCAAGCAUCAUCCCCUGACGAAGUCGCCAUUGUACAAUGGACAGAGUCUGUUGGACUGACACUGGUGUUCCGGGACCGUACACGCAUCGACCUGCAAACCCCCACAGGAAGUCGUGUCACAUUCGAAGUGUUGGACAUCUUCCCAUUCACGUCUGAGUCCAAGCGCAUGGGUAUUGUCGUGCGGGACGCCCAGACGGGUGAGAUCAACUUCCUACAGAAGGGGGCGGAUGUCGUCAUGGCGAAGAUCGUGCAACGGAACGACUGGCUGGAGGAAGAGUGCGGCAAUAUGGCUCGUGAAGGCUUACGCACCCUCGUCAUGGCUCGGAAACGCCUGAGUGAGCAAGCAUACGCGGAUUUCAAAGCACGGCACCAUGAAGCGAGCGUCAAGCUCGAGGGGAGGAACGAAGCCAUGGCUGCUGUUGUCGCUGAGACACUUGAGCACGAUCUGGAACUUCUGGGUCUGACCGGCGUCGAGGAUAAGCUGCAAGAUGAAGUCAAGUCAACUCUAGAGCUCUUGCGCAACGCCGGGAUCAAGAUCUGGAUGCUUACUGGCGACAAGAUUGAAACCGCAACUUGUAUUGCCAUAUCUACUAAGCUUGUAGCAAGGAAUCAGUAUAUCCACCAAGUUGCAAAGCUUAAGACCUCCAAUGAAGUACGGGAUCAAUUGGAAUUCCUGCAGUCCAAAUUGGACUGUUGUCUGAUCAUCGAUGGCGAAUCUCUACAGCUCUGUCUUACAUCAUUCAAGAACGAGUUUAUCGAAAUAGCGACGAAACUGUCGGCGGUUGUUGCAUGUCGAUGUUCACCUACACAGAAGGCAGACGUGGCGCGUCUAAUUCGGCAGUUCACGAAGAAGCGAGUAUGCUGUAUAGGCGAUGGUGGCAACGACGUCAGCAUGAUCCAAGCAGCAGACGUUGGUGUCGGUAUAGUGGGGAAGGAGGGGAAACAAGCAUCCCUGGCCGCGGACUUCUCAGUUACGCAGUUCAGCCAUCUCACCAAGCUCCUUAUGUGGCACGGACGGAACUCGUACCGACGCUCGGCCAAGCUGGCUCAGUUCGUUAUCCACCGUGGCCUGAUCAUUUCUAUCAUGCAGGCGGUCUUCUCUGCCAUCUUUUACUAUGCCCCGAUUGCACUGUACCAAGGAUGGCUCAUGGUCGGUUAUGCAACCGUCUACACCAUGGCACCUGUCUUUUCUCUUGUUUUGGAUCGUGACGUGAACGAAGACUUGGCUCUUCUAUACCCCGAAUUGUACAAGGACCUGACGAAGGGACGAGUGCUGUCGUAUAAGACGUUCUUCAUGUGGCUCAUGAUCAGUCUAUACCAAGGCGGGGCGAUCAUGAUAAUGUCGCUCGUUCUCUUCGAGAACGAAUUCCUGAAUAUCGUGUCUAUCUCAUUUACUGCUCUUAUCUUAAACGAACUCAUAAUGGUGGCUCUGGAAAUCACGACAUGGCACUUAUACAUGAUAAUCUCGGAAAUAGUCACUCUAUUAUUGUACGCCGUCAGCAUGGUAUUUUUGCCCGAAUAUUUCGAUUUAAGUUUCGUGGUGUCGGUACGGUUUGCCUGGAAAGUAGCGGUCAUAGUUGCUGUCAGCGCUCUACCAUUGUAUAUUAUCAAGUUCAUAAAGAGCCGCGUCGCUCCCGCAGCGUCGAGUAAAUUAUUAUAA